UCCCCAGGUCCCAGCCCUGCCUCACUCCCUGAGGGGCUGGGUGGCUUCGGACCAAUCACUUCUCCUCCCUGAACCUGACUUUCUUCUGUAAAGCAAGAGGAUUUGACGAGAAGGACUCCUAAGCUUUCCCUCUGCUCUGAACCUCUACAGGAGCGUGGGGGCAAUUCACAUUACCAGGGGAAGAAACGUCAUAAGGAAAGCAAAAGCCAAAUGUUUCCCACAGGAGUCCUCGUUUUUGCUGUCUUGAUGUCAACUGCACUGGCUGGACCAUGGGCUAGUAUCUGCGCCGGCAAGUCUUCCAAUGAGAUCAGGACGUGUGACAGUCACGGCUGUGGCCAGUACACUGCUCAAAGAAAUCACAAGUCUCACCCAGGUGUGGAUGUCUUGUGCUCUGAUGGAUCUACCGUGUAUGCACCUUUCACCGGAAUGAUUGUGGGCCAGGAGAAGCCUUAUAAAAGCAAAAAUGCCAUUAAUAACGGUGUUCGGAUAUCUGGAAGAGGUUUCUGUGUUAAAAUGUUCUACAUUAAGCCAGUUAAAUAUAAAGGUUCUAUCAAGAAGGGAGAAAAACUGGGAACUCUACUGCCCUUGCAGAAAGUCUAUCCUGGCAUACAAUCCCACAUACAUAUUGAAAACUGUGACUUGAGUGAUCCUACCAUGUACCUCUAAGUAGAAGACACAUGACCAGGUCUACUAAAUAUAAAACCAUCUCCUUAAAAACCUGGAUGCAUCCCCUACUCUUCAAGAAAUUUGUGUCCAAAUAACAUGAUGCACGCAACAAAGAAAACAGCCUGUUUCAAUUCAUUGCCACUUGAAUGUUUGAUUGUCAACUAAUUUCUGAGAGUUCGCUGAUUUUUCUGUCAACUGUGGGAUCUGAGGGGUUUUUACCUGUUUGUUUUUUAAAGUUUCUCAGUCCUGAACACACAGAACAAAUAAACAUACGAGUUCCAGUCUCUCCAGACUGCAUUUCUGACACUUC